AUGGCCGACUAUAGCCUCUACGAUGCCACAGUGCCUCAUGCCAUUUCAGCUCUUAAUGCCAUUCUCAGCCUUCUCGAUAUGCUUCAAGCUCAUGCUUCGACCGCCAAUGUCCCCGUCGAGAACUAUAUCAACGCCAGACUGAUUUCAAACAUGUAUCCCUUUAAUUUCCAAGUCUUUAUGGUCUGUCGAAUGGCAAAAGACAUUAUUGGCCAUUGCCAAGGCGCUGAAGAUGUUGCAAAGAACUUCGGCUCUGAGGAGGAGAAGCAACUAGCAGAAUUGACGACCCUGGAAAGAAUGAAUACACUGGUCAGGGCAGCAUUGGAUGUCGUCAAUAACUCGGAUAGAAAUAAAUUCACUGGGAGGGCGGGAGCGACGAUCACAUUCAACUUUGGUCCGGACAAGUACAUCACGUCUACGGUUUCGCAAUUCAUCGGAGGUUAUGGAUUACCCAACAUGUAUUUUCAUCUUGUAACAGCCUACGACAUUGUUCGUUCUAAAGGAGUACCUGUUGGGAAGCAGGACCUAUUGACGCCUUUUUUCAAUCAGCAACAGAUUUCUCCCUAA